AUGCCCCUUCAACCAUAUCGCGGCACCGGCCGCAAGCUUCUCCUAGGAAUCGACAUCGGAACGACCUUCAGCGGUGUGUCCUAUUGCGUUUUGGAUCCUGGAGAAGUGCCCCAAGUGCUCAGUGUCACACGCUUCCCGGGACAGGAAGGAGAGAACAAAUUGAGAGAUACGAAGAUUCCUACAGUCGUGUACUAUGGUCAGGAUGGUCGAAUUCGUGCAAUCGGCGCAGAAGCGAGAACUGACAGCGCGCAAGUUGAGGCGUUGGACGAAAAUUGGGUGUUGGCUGAAUGGUUCAAAUUACACCUUCGCCCUGCGGAUAUGGCAGAUAAUCAGGCGCGAUUACCGACACUUCCUCGCAACAAGUCGGUUGUUGAUGUCUUGGCCGACUUUAUGUCGUAUAUCUACAAAUGCGCCAGGGACUUCAUCUCAGAAGCUGAUCCGAAAGGACAGCAGAUCUUGCGAUCCAAUAAGAGUAUCGAGUUCGUUCUCGCCCACCCGAAUGGCUGGGGCGGCGGCCAGCAAAGCAAGAUGCGGCGAGCUGCUGUCCAGGCUGGUCUUAUACCGGAUACUGCAGCUGGGCAAUCGCGGAUUCAUUUUGUGACAGAGGGUGAAGCUAGUCUCCAUUAUUGUGUGACCAACGGCCUUGCGGGAGAUGCGAUCAAGGUCACCCAAAUUUGUGAUGCUCAUUCUACCUAUCUGAGUACAUACAAGGUUACCGGUGUUACGCCGGUGUCUGUUGUCGAAUGUGCCGCCGCAGAUUGUCUCUUACAAGGAUCUACAUUCGUGAAUGUGAGAGCCAAAGACUUUUUAAAAAAGAAGUUGAAAAAGUCGCGCUUUGGGAACGAAGAGGAUCUUUCGAACAUAAUCGACUAUUUCGAGGCUUCAACCAAGCCGACGUUCAGAGACGCCGCAAAGCCAUCGUACACGAGGUUUGGCGGCCCUCGUGAUACCGAUGAGAAGAACGGUAUCAAGCGCGGUGUUCUAUCUCUAUCAGGGCCUGAGAUGGUUUCUUUCUUCCGUCCCUCCGUCAAUGCCGUCGAACGAGCAAUGCAAAAGCAGGCACAUGAAGCUGCUGCGCCAAUUGAUAUCAUCCUGCUUGUAGGAGGCUUUUCCGCCAGCCCCUUCUUACGUUCCGAGCUACAGGCCUAUACACGACGCACCGCGAUGAGGCUUUUCAGCCCCGAAGGUCAACCAGCCAAAGCCGUGGCAGAGGGAGCCCUCUCGUGCCAUCUGGACCGCGCAGUCACCUCACGCGUAGCAAGAUAUACUUAUGGAUCCAUGUGUAACAACAUUCACGUUCCGACCGAUCCAGAGUACAUCAAACGUGAACACUGGAGCUAUGUAGACUUGGCUGGAAAUACGCGUAUUCGUGGUGGCUUCGUCGGGCUUCUUCUUAAAGGAACCUCGGUAUCGAAUGAUGAGGAAUUCAAGAUGGAUUUUAUACAAUAUGAUGUUGGCCCUUUCACGGACAUAUCGAUGUCCGUCUCGUGCUACAAAGGAGAGUUAGCAAACCCGCAAUGGGUAGACGAGGACCCAAACCGUUUCGCCACUCUGUGCACCGUUCAUGCAGAUCUUUCACGAGUGCCGAAGACGCCGCGCUACGGACCGAAAGGUCUAUACUACUCGCAAGAUUUCGAACUGGUUUUGCUUUUUGGUCUUACUGAGCUCAAGGCUCAGCUCAGCUGGAUUGAGAACGGAAGAGACACCAGAAGCCCCGCGACUAUUGUCUAUGACGACGAGACGGAUUGA